CAACUAUGGAGCGAACAACCUCUCCCUACGUUUCUCUAGUGGAGCCGGCACAACCGAACGCAUACCAUUUCUCUCUUUCAAACUUCCUUGCAGCUCUGUGUUUCGGCUUGCCGAAAGAUAGAAGAAUUGUCCACCAUGGAUGGCCCUCCCUCCUAUAUCACAUUCGAUCGUCUUUCUCUGAAGCAGACGUUCAGACGAGUCUGUGAUAUCUUUGUUGAUCGCUACGACGUGUUCUUGCCCCUAUCAGCAAUUUCCAUGGUUCCAUUCCUGUUGAUAAUGAUUACCACGGUGGAAGUGGCCGUUUCGUACGUGAUGCAAUUCAACGAACAAGGCGAUGUAGAUUUUGGCAAGCACGUAGUCGGAUUGACCAUUAUCUUCGCGAUUGAAACGAUAGCGUAUUUGGUAACAACCAUUAUUGGGCAAGCUGGGAUGAUACGAGCCGUAGCUGAAAUGUACUCGGGUAGGCAGCCUAACUGGUACGCGUGCUUCCAGCGAGCUUUACCGCACUUUUGGUCAUUGCUCGGUGCGAGCUGUCUCUACGGUUUAGCCAUUCUUCUGGGACUCCUAGUCGUACUUCUGGUCCGAGCUGCGGUGUUCACCUUUUUGACGAAGAACGCGACAGUAGGUAUUUUUGUUAUUUCCAUUCUGUUGAGUUGCUUUGCUGCUUUUGUUCUUUACCUUUCGGUUUGUAUGACUCUAUUCGUCCCUGCUAUUGUGAUUGAGAGCAAAUCCGCAGUUGCCGGAGUCAGGCGGGCCUUUGAGCUUGCUUCUUCUCGGUGGUGCUACGUGUUUUGUUAUGUUUUCAUCUUCACUGCGGGCUCAAUGCUCAUUAAUGGAGUAGUCAGGCGAGUUGUCGGCGGGGGAGAUCCGACACAUCCAUCCGCGAUGAUCAUGGGAGUGAUAGUAUCAUACUUUCCACAAGUGUUCCUCCUGCCCUGCUCCAACAUUCUGCAGACUGUCCUGUACUUCAAUCUGCGCAUCGACAAGGAGAGUAUGAACGCGGAGAUUUUGGCCCUGGACAUGGCAUCAUCGGCAUUGCGAGAGGAUGAACGACGUCCGCCCGCUCCUUCCAACUAUCGUGAAAUUCCUUUGUUGGACGAUGACGACCGAGUGGAAGCUCCGAGUCAGGUAAUCCCUGCAACCGAGGUUGUGUGAAAUUCGACAACUCAUCAAGGAAUUGGAAGCCAAGCAAAUAUUUGUCAAGUACCGGUUCCUAGAAAAUGAAUCUUUCUUGUGCUCGGAUCUCGUAGUGGACAACAAUUAGUUAAUAUAGAAGAAGGCUAAACAGUCUAUUUUCAUGU